GCUGAGGUCGAGGUGUGAAGUUGUUAAACAUAUCUUAUAUGAUUUUAAUCCAGCAUAGUGAGUGUUUGUGUGUCCAGCUAAUAAGUGAUUGAUUAAUAUACACAGAGAGGCAGGUAGUCCAUAUUAUGUCAUAUCCAUCCGCUAUGUUGGCUGUGCACAAUGUCUCGGGUAGGUCCCACAUCAAUUAAAGAUUUUAAGUGGACUAAUGAAAGGUUUGGGGGUGAUGUAACAAACGUAUUUAUCUAUAAUUUUUUUCAGAGGAAUCCAGAAUAUUAGCCCAGAGUCUAAGACCCUAUGCCGACGCCUGGCCGCUUGUCAUUUGAUCAUCUCUCCACCCUCCGACACCAAUCAUCACAGAGCUGUCUCAGUAAACCCUCCCUCAGGCUGCUCAGCACCGGGAGGUUUCUAGGAGCUUUUGGACGGAAGGUUGCACUGAACCAUGUGAAUACUUUACCUCUUGAAGUCCUGCUGUAGUUGUAGCCUCCUGUUGAAGCUGCAUCUUUCCAAACCUUUGCUGGAGAUCACGUGUGACGCGCAGCGCGUUUCUGCGCUUUGUUUACCGGUGAAUUUUGUAUGAAGGAAGGUUAAAUGGAGUCAUCCCUGGAGUUCUCCAGCUCUUUGGGCAGCGUGUCCUCAUUGCUGACUCGCUGUCGGACUUUUAAAGUGCUGGUGAUAGGAGACUCCGGGGUGGGGAAGACCUGCCUCACACACCGACUCUGCGCCGGGGAGUUCCCCAGCAGAGUGGAGGCUACCAUCGGGGUGGACUUCCGCGAGAGACAGCUGGACAUUCACGGAGAGAGAAUUAAGCUCCAGCUGUGGGACACAGCAGGACAGGAGCGUUUCCGUAAGUCUAUGGUGCAACACUACUAUCGUAAUGUCCACGCCGUGCUCUUCGUAUAUGAUGUCACCUGCCCUGCCAGCUUCAGAAGCCUAACUUCCUGGAUAGAAGAGUGCAGGCAGAACUCCCUCGGGCAAGAAAUCCCCAGGUUUUUGGUGGGUAAUAAGAGUGACCUCCGUGAUCCCAGCAAGACUGACAACCAGGUGAGCAAGGAGCAGGCGAUGAGCUUCGCCAAAGCCAACGGCAUGAUGUGUUUUGAGACGUCCGCCAAGGACCCCCUUAACAAAUAUGGGAAUGCUCAGAGAGGUGACGGGGAGCUUCUGUGUCAGCAGGAUAAGGUGGAUGACAUUGUUGUUGCUGUUGGUGCCAAACUGAAGAGACAGAAGAAACCUUUAGCAGCAAACCCCUCGGCGUAUGGCUCCUUUAAAGUCAUGAGCAAGAAGAGAGCAGAGAAGGAGCUGUGGACUUGCUGCUGAGAGGGGGGAAGAGAAAUGUGAUGUUCUUGUGUUUAGCUCUUUCUAAGUGCAUGAUUGUGUGUGAAUAUAAGUGUGUUUGUGUGAGGCAGAGAAUGACCACGUUGUGCAUAAUAUUCAUUUUUGACCAAAGACAAAAUUGCAGAUCAUUUACACUGGAAAUACAGUUUCUGUUAGUCCCACACAGAAAUUAAAUUUUUAUACUCUUAAAUAUGUGAGAGGUCCUGUUUUGGAAAUAUUUUGUAUAUUUGUGAUCUUAUUGUUUACAAUCGCUGUAAAAUUAAAGCCUGUCAAUGGAAACAUUU